CACGAAGCAUUUUCCUUGCUGUAUUACCAAUCUUUUAGAGAAGAAAUGUGUAGAAAUGCAGUGAUUAUCUAUUUAUUGACAGGUAUGGUGACUGAAUAUUUUGUGUUAUCUAGGUUUUACUGUCUCAGCACUAGAGAUGGUUAUAGAAAUAGAAGAUGAUGACGGGCAUAGGGAAAAAUAUAAUAUAACCGAAGAGCUUGAUGAAUUGAUGAAAGACCACCUUCCAUUCGACGUACCUGAUGAGAGUAUGGACGAAGAAUAUAAAGCGAAACUAAGACCACGACGAGAUACAGCCAGUGUUCAGAAUCAAGUACCAUGGAAUAGAAAUUUACCCGAAUGCGAGAAAUACAUUGAAAAUUAUAGAAAACAGAACAGAGGCGCACCGUUGCAAUUGAUGUACAGUGUGGAAGAGCAUGAGGACAUCGUUUUAACAUGUCAUUACUGUGGUGACAAAGAAACAUAUGGGAAAACAAUCGAAUGGAAGAAACUUGACAGAAAGAAGGCAAAAGGGAGAGAAUUUCGUAUAGUUAGAAUAGAUAUAGAUAUGCAUGACGAUGAUAAUGAUAAUCGGGUGUAUAUUGAUGAAGAAUACGGCCUCCAUAUCAAAAAUGCUACAACAGCGGAUAGAGGGACUUACUUUUGUCACGAUAUGAAAACCGAGGAUGUUUAUGUGAAGAAAUUUCUAGAUGUUAACAUGUUGAAAAACUUCUUCUUCAGUAGUGACAGAUUUCGUGUCUUUUUUCAUUUAGAAGUUAUACAAGAAACAGAUAUUCCAAUAAGGAAGGUCGACAAAAAAGGCAAAAAAUUUAGCAAACCUCUUCCAGAACAAGUCUCCAAACAGGACAAUCUUGUUUAUUAUUCAAGCUGGGGAGACUGGACGCCGUGUAGUGUUUGUGGUGCAGAAGGCGAGCGUAAGAGACGAGGUACAUGCAUGGCCAAACUAUACUCUGAAAGACAGAUGAUAGAAAAUUACGAACAGUUAUAUUACAUUUUACGUUCGUACAAAGCGGGAUUACCAUGUAGAUCCUCGAUGUUCGAGAGAUAUUAUUAUAGGAUGUCUAAGUACCGUGAUCGACCAGACGAGAUGGAAUAUAAGUCAUGUCACGUGCAAUGUUGGAAGGGUGGUAGUGGCGGGAAAAAGUUUGCAUCAGUCAAGCUAGACAAAAUAGAAUUCACAGACGUUAUGAAGAAAUUUCCAGAGACAACAGUAAUUGCGACGGAAGGUGACAGAGUUGAUUUAAUUUGUCCAGGGUCGUCGAUAGACACUCUUGUUUAUUGGAUAAACGGAACAAAAUAUAUGUCGUCAUUAAAAUUACGCGAGAAGAUGGCUGAUAGAGUAGAGAUCGAUGCCUAUAAUGUUUUUGUUAUACAUACUUCUCUAGUGGAAGAUUCCCACUCAUACACAUGCUCUUAUGCUGGUAAAACAAGAAUGAUUUUCCAUUUGAAAGUUCUUCCACCCCCUGGAUUGCCACCAUGGAUUGAACAUCUGAUUUAUUUGUGUUAUAGUUUUACGGUGGACUUUUGGGUGUUUGUGAUUUUUCUCGUGGUUCGACAUAAACACCGCCUUGUUGCACAUACAAAAAAGAGAUUUAAACCAGUAAUCGAUGUUUCUGAUGAAGAUGAAAAUAAUAAUGUAGAAGUACAAACCAUACAUCGUGAGAACGAGGCUCUGUUGCAUCGUGACUUUGAUGAAUAUUCGGCUGAGAAUGAGGCUCUGUUGACAAGUGACUUUGCUGAAUAUUCAGUUGAUAACCAGGUUUUAUUGGCAAGUAACUUUGAUGAAUUGUCGAAUGAGAACGAGGUUGUGUUGAGAAGCGACUUUGAUGAAUAUUCGCCUAAAAACGAGUUUAUGUUUGCAAGUGACUUUGAUGAAUUUUCGGCUGAGGACGAGGUAGUGUCCGCAAGUGACUUCAAUGAAUAUUCACAAAAUGAAGAGGUUUUGAUGCCGAAUAAUAAAUACUUUUAUACAUAUCAGGAUAAAAAAUAUAUUUGAAAAGUUGAAUUUAAUUUAAAAAAAACAUUGUAAUAUAAAAACCUUCCUAAAAAAAAUUGGCCCUGCAUUCGAUUGUAUUUAAAUAAAUUAUCUAUAAAAAUGGGUCUGGGGUUAGUUUUGUUUUAAAAUUCCAGUUUUUAGAAAACACUUUCCUCUACUUGCUUGAUUGAAUAGAAAUUGUCCUACAUAGUUACGUUAAUCAUGUAUAGACUAUUCAUACCGGAAAUGUUGAAUUUAUUAGUAAUCUAUAUAUAUGUAUAUUUCUAUACACAAGAACAGUUAUUAUAGUGAUCUUUAUGUAUUCAUAUAUAUAAAACUCGUCUAAACAUCAACCCAACAAUGUUAGCUAUGUAAAUGUGCUUUCGCUAAUUUUUUGUACUUUCCUCGCCAGGAUUCAAACCCAUGCUACUGAGAUAUCGUGACACCAAAUCGCCUGCGCUGUAUCCGGCGCGCUAGACCACACGAACACAUGGGCUCCAUAAAAUGAAGCCAUCGGUGGCCGGGUGUUACCUUUCCUCGUCAGUUUUAAUCAGCGUCGUAAUACAGUACAUGAUAUAUAAGGCAUGAAGAUGUCACAGUAUUGUUACAUAUCAGCUAAAUUAUCUAUAUACAUAGUAAUGGAUCCUAUGUGUAGAUAAUUUAGCUGAUCUGUAAUAAUAACAUAGUAAAUGAUCCUAUAUAUAUAUAGAUUUGUUUCAUUUGUUUUUCAUUCGCUCUCACUUUUUUACACUUGUAUCUUGUUUCUUUAAAAAAGAUGACUCAACUUCCUAAUUGUAAAAUUUGAAUUUCUGUGUAGCCAUAUUCUAGCAUCGACUGCAUAUGGAGUUAUACCUCCAAGUUUUUAUGAUAUUUCAGAGUUUGAUAUGAACGGGUUUAUGUUAACAAUGUAGCUAUUAAACCAAAAGUUCCUUUGGAAACUUUUGUCUUUCUUUUUUGAUAUAGAAUGCAUGACUAUUUUUGUUUAAAGAUAUUUAAUCAUUCUUAAUCAGUUAGUUUGCUUGGCUUUUGAUUCUAACCUCGAAUUUAAAUACUAAUCUUUCUAACAAGCAUAUCUAUUUUUUUAGAUAUUCAACUAAAGGCGUUAAUUCAGUAAAUAAAUAUACGGCAUAAGGGACCGCUUAUAAACAAAAUGAAUGCUGAAAGAACUAAAUGUUUUAGAUAGAUAUAGGAAGAUGUGGUGUGAGUGCCAAUGAGACAACUCUCCAUCCGACAUGGUUGAAAAGUAAUGAGGGUUAGUAUAGGAAUUAAGUGGGAAUCUGCAGUAUUUCUAAUCAAGGCUAUGGGAAUGUCCAAAAAAUGCCUCAUGACCCUUUGUUUUUAUUGUUGCAAAAGAUAGGGCUACAUUUGUACUUUCAAGGAUUAUAUAUGAAAGACAUAUAUUAGCAUUAUACUGUAAUAGGCAAUGGGAGAUUUGUUUACAGAAUUUACCCUUAUAGACUUGCUCUGAGUUAAAACAGUCUGCAUAAUACCCAAUUCACAAUAUCAUUCUUUCAUUUAACAAAUUUUUGUUUUCGGAACAAACAUAUACAGAUGCAAUAUUACGAUAAUUUCUUAAUAGAUACUUCGUGUUAACAACAUAUUGGAUAUGUAUUUCCGCGAAGGAAACGCUGGAUUGUUCAUUUAAGUUUGAAUGACUAUUGUUGUCAUAUGUUGUUGUACCUUGUAGUAGUAUAUACAUGAUAUGUUAAAGUAAAAGGAUUUGUAAUGUAUUUAUAUUCAUAUAACUCAGAGAUGUCACUCAGCUUUCAAGAAACAUAACAUUUUUCCUACUAAUUCAUAUUUUUGAAUUGAAACACAUCCUUGGUAGAAAUUAUUUUCCCCUAAGUUAAUUUCCCUAUGAUAGUACGUUUGUUGUUUAUGUAAUAUUGUAGUUCAGCAAACUAAUGACACUCAUUACUGAUAAUAGAAUCGUUGUAGUGAUGCCAUGGGAGGUCGCUCCAUUGUCUCCGACUGACACAGUUGGUCCAUUACAGCUGCAUUUACUUUUCAUUUCGAUUCGUGGAAUUUGUGUGCAUUCACUUCGGUUUCUUUCGGCGAAACAUGUGACGUUGUUUGCAUAAUUUUGAGAAUCAAAAGUUGCAUCCGUCGAACAAACAGGACACUUAUCGACGAUAGCUCCUUCGGGUUUAAUCCAAGUCUGCAAUCCACAAACUGUAGAUACUUCCACAAGGUUGUCUACAGUUACACGAAAUGCUACACUAGUUAUGGGAACAUGUUCAUCCCACUGAAAGGUGUGGUUACCGAUUCUCCUUAGUCCGACCAUUAUCAAAUCACCUUGUUUAUAUGAACCGGAUGUUCCGGAACACUUGGAAACCGGGAAAAAAGAGAAGAUAGUGAUAUUUUCAAAAACGUUAUUACCAUCCGAUUUUAAUACACAAUGAACUUCCAAAUUAAUGUUGAUGCUUUCGAAUAUUGUAAUAUUACUUACUUCACGUCCUAUUACUACAACUUGUGAAUAAGACAACAUUUGUUUCAUAUCCAAUUUAAUCCAAUCCUCUACCUUACAUGAGUCAACUGAUAAGUUAUUCCUACAGAAAAUAGAACAAAACACAAACACAAAAUAUCUUAUCGACAUUGUUCUUACUUUUGUCUUUUGUUUAGAACAUUUAUAUCGUGUACUGGUAUUUUAUUUAGAAUACUGGAGCGUAUUUUAGUUUACCUUGUGAUCAACUUUAAAGACUUUAAGCAGUUAAUCUGAUUAAACCCCGAGAUUAACC